GCACCAGAGUCGCUGUCAUGUGAUAGCUCGUCCGAGGAGCUGCUGUUGACAGUAGCUUCCUACCAUUAGAUGAAGCUAAAGUAAAACUAAGUCGGAGGAAAGUUUUAUGUUUGUCGGAGAAGACCAACACGGCUCGUUUCUGACGGAGAACAGGGAAGCCGGGGUUGUGUAGUUUGGCCCCUCGGACGCUGACAUGGGUUGCUGUUACAGCAGCGAGAACGAGACCACAGAGCAGGACCCUGAUGAACGUAAGCCGCUGAUCCCCCACCCAAACCCUGUCAGUAAACCCCCAAAUGGGACUGACUGGAUCACUACCAGUGUCCCCUCAGCGCGGACAGAUGAACAGGCCCUCCUGACAUCCAUCCUCACCAAGACUGCACAGAACAUCAUUGAUGUCUCAGCAGCUGACUCUGUCAUGAUGGAGCAGCAUGAAUACAUGGACAAAGCUCGACAAUACAGUACAAAGCUGGCUGUGUUGAGCAACAGUCUGCCGCAGAAGAAAGCCCUCGCUCUUCCCUCCCUCACCAGCCAGCCCCACCAAGUGCUUGCAAGUGACCUGGUGCCAUACUCAGAUGUUCAGCAGGUGUCCAAAAUAGCAGCUUACGCUUACAGUGCAAUCUCUCAAAUCAAAGUGGAUGCUAAAGAAGAACUGGUGGUCCAAUUUGCCAUCCCCUGAUUCUGCGACCCUGGCCAGCAUAUUGUUCCUCCCAUCCCAUUCUCUCUGUGUCACUUCUGCAUCCUCACCCUCCAGCCCACCCUUUAUUAAAGCAUCUUGAUCUUUGUACUUCUUAGCUAUGCCUUUAACUGCUAUAAAGACAGAGAGGAUGUAGGAUUGCACCCUAUGACUGUCCUUUAAUGUACUAAAUUAUGGGUCAGUGACAAAUUGUCAGCAUGGGCUAUGAAGAUGGUUUACUGGGGUGUGCUCUCAUAUUUACAGCAAGAUCUGCUCUUUAUGUAAGGUGUGAAUCACAGACUUUGUCAUAACCAGCUGUUGAAAAACCAUCAUUCAUCCUUCUUGGUAAUUGCUGUAAUUAUUUUUUUUAACAGUUUCAGGGUCAUCUCAGUGUUUUUAUUCAGUUAGUUUCCCCAGCUUGUGAACUCAGACAAGCACCCCACACUCCAGACUGUUAUCUAAAGACAUGGAAAAUGUAGUGUUCACCUGGGCCAGAGCUGUAGGAUUUUUAUGCACGAUGGUGUAUAUAGUACUUAAUACAAUCUCCACUGGAACAAAAGAAAUAAGGAAUAUCUGUGGCAUGAAAGAAUGAAAUUAUCAGAAAAGUAGGUAAUAAGUGCAGUGGUUGAGUAGCUAUGUAUCAGGAUGAAAACUUGCAACAUGGCUUAAAGUUUGCACUUCUUGUCUUUAACUUCAACUCUUGUCCUGAGUGGGGAAAUAUAGAAAAUGGUGUCAGAAAAAUGAGCUGUUUUCUCUUAAGGUUGAUAUAUCAUAAUUUAGAAUAUUAGAUUUUGGCAUCAAACAUCCCACAGUAAUAUGGUGUCACAGUGCACCAAGGAACCAUGUCUGACUAAAAUCUAAACAUGGACUAAAAAAAACAGCCUGACUUGAGUCAAUUUUACCAACAUUUCACUGUAAAAAUGUUUAAAACCGACAGUGAAACAGGUUUGGUUGGUUACUUGUUUUCAGGUGAGUAAUCUGGUAUUUUGGCUGAAGCAAAAUCAUGAAUGUCCACGGAUGGUGUCCUCUGGUGGGUGAGGAAGCAAACACAAGUGAGGGGUGCUAUUGGGCCGACUAAUGUCACAGAGGAGUGGGGAGAUGGAGGUUUCUUGGGGCAUGAGCUCUCACGUUUACAGACAGUAAUGUGUCCUCUGCAGUUUUCUAGCACUAAAUGCUCUUCUUCAAAUCAAAUCCCAGAACUUUGCAUAUUUAAUAGCAGUGAAGGCAUACAGAGAUGAAGGGGAUGGGUGUGUGGAGGGUGUGGGGACGGAUGUGUAUUCAUGCCGCCUUUGUACAGAAUUUUCUGAUUGAUUAUAAAAACAGAUGAGGGAUUGUAUGAAGUUCCUCUUUUUGUAGAGAGUUCAUUGGUCAGGAUUGGCUCAAUAUCUUGUGGUGAUUAACAAAUGUUUUUAUGAAACACAAGAACACUUUUAAGGCCUGCGUUUGUUGGCUUUUAAACAAAGCUUUUUGCUGCGGAUUGUAAUAUGAUUGAGUUGUUCAUAUUAAUCAGAAACUAACCAUUGUAGCAGUGUGGGGAGAGCGCUAACAAUCUGUGUACCACAGCAGAAAAAAUUAUCCGAGACCUUUUUGUGAUUAUUUAUUUGUGUUUUUUAAAUGUUAAUUUGCUCUUCAGAUGAGAGCACAUGACUGUAUGCGUGUGCAGGGAGCAUGGUGAGUCGCUCUAAAGUCUCUAAAGGGAUGAUCUGCAAGGCUGUGAUUACUUCAACCACGCAAUUGAUUUGAGCUUUUUGCAAUGGGUUCUUGGCAUUUUUUUUCUGUUUUGUUUGUUACUCAAAUGUGUUAUACUACCUGAAAUAUGUUUGUAAUAUCUUAGGCUAGUACCAAAAAGUUUAAAGGUUUUUUGUUUGUUUUUUUGGUUUAAUUCAUUCAUUAAAGAUUUUCAACAUAA